GAAAACAGCCAUUGACAUCGUCGCAGGCAGUCGGCCAACAUCGCUGAGAGACAGACCCACAAGACAUUUCUAUAUAAUUUUGUAGUUUUCCGUUUUCUGUUGUUGUGUCCCUCUGUGUCUGUGUCUGUGUGUGUAUGUUGUGAUGAGUGUGUUGCAUACUUUUUUGGCGCGCACUGUCCUCCAGCUCUUAACGCAAAUUGAAAACGUGUUUCCAGUGCUCGGUUCUCAACAUUGACAACAUUCUUAAAGCCAUAAAUCCACGCCCACAUCUAAAUUCAAUUCGAAGCCAACUCCAACGCCAACGUCCACUUUACCAGUGAGGCGACAAAUUUCUCAACUUUUCCGGCUGGGGUGGCAUGUGGAUAAAUUUUGGCCGACAUGGAUCCCAGUGCUCUACAAAACAUGGAUCGGGACGCAUUAAAGAAGCAAAUCGAGAAUAUGAAAUAUCAGGCCUCUAUGGAGCGCUGGCCGUUAUCUAAAAGCAUUGCUGAAAUGCGCUCCUUUAUUGAGGAGAACGAGAAGAAUGAUCCGUUGAUUAAUGCGCCGGAUAAAAAGAACAAUCCGUGGGCUGAAAAGGGCAAAUGUAUCAUCAUGUAAUAUUAUCGUAAACCACAGAAAUACCG